CAAAAUGAAGCCAUCGUGUAUUCUAGCGAUGCCUCGAAUAAAACCAGGACAUACCUUCUGAAUAUAGUCUAUGUUGGUAUACAAGGUCGCGAACAAUCGUAGAUAUGGACAAGCAAGCAUCAAUUCUGAUCCUAGGUGCAGGUACCUUCGGCCUAUCGACAGCCUAUCAUCUGGCUAAGGCUGGUUAUACCAACGUGACAGUCCUCGAGAAAUCCGCCACCUUCCCUCCCGAGCUCUCUGCUGGUAAUGAUCUAAACAAGAUCAUAAGAGCCGAAUAUGAGGACCCUUUCUACGCCGAGCUAGCCCUCGAGGCUAUGAACGCCUGGAAAUCACCCCUUUUCACCCCCUAUUACCACGAAACCGGCUACCUACUCUGUAACUCAGCUGGCGCCCCUGAAAAGUCCAAAAUCUCUCUCCAGAAGUCCCUCGAUUCCAUUCGCCAGCGUCCAGAAUUCGAGAACAAGAUCACGCCGGUGAACUCCCGCGAUGACAUCCGGAAAGUAGCUCCCGCCUUCGACGGCCCCAUGCUUUGGAAAGGCUACUUCAACAGCUACGCAGGCUACGCGCACGCCGCCGACGCCAUGACGGCGGUGUAUUCAGCAUGCAUUGCCCUAGGCGUAACCAUCCACCUCAACUCCACAGUCCAAAACCUAACCUACUCCGACUCAGGGGACAUCUGCACAGGCGCCAUGACCACGAAGGGCACGCACUACACCGCCUCCACCACGAUCCUCACCCUCGGCGCAUCCCUCGCCUCGAUCCUGCCGCAGAUCAAACGCCAGAUCAUCGCCAAAGGCUCGCCAGUAGCGCACAUCCAACUCACGCCCCGCGAAGCAGCGCAGCUGCGCGGCAUCCCCGUGACGUACGCGCGAGACCUAGGCUUCUUCUUCGAGCCGGACGUGCGCACGCAGCAGCUCAAGCUCUGCCCCGCCAACGCCGGGUACACUCACUAUCACCAUCACCACGCCACUUCUUCCGGACUCCUCUCGCUGCCGCCCUCCGACAACUCGUUCGUCGCGGCGCGCGACGAGGCCGCGAUCCGUCGUUUGCUAAGGGAGACGCUACCGGAGCUGGCGGAGCGGCCGCUGGUCGGGAGACGCGUGUGUUGGUGCGCGGAUACGGCGGAUAGCGAGUAUGUGAUUGACUUUGUGCCGGGGAAGAAGGGGCUGGUUGUCGUGACGGGGGACUCGGCGCAUGCGUUUAAGAUGUUGCCGACGCUUGGGGCGUGGGUGAGGGAGGUGCUGGAAAGGGGCCGCCAGGAUAGGGAGAGGUGGCGGUGGAAGGAGGGGAGUGAUGCUGCGGGUGUGGAUAUAAGUUGGAGGGUUGGGAAGACUACGGAUUUGCAGGAGGUUCGGGAUGAGAUACGGAGGGAUGAGGAUGCGGUUGAGGCUAAGCUGUAGAGGUGCUUAAGUAUGCAUAGGUGGGUACCUAGGUGGGUACCUAGGUAGGUAGAUAUGAGUUUUGGUGAUUCAUAAAGGAGUCGUUACUGGAGUCUAGGUCCUUCGAAUCGGUGUUGAGCGUGGAUGGGGCAGGAAAUAGAACGCGUACCUACCUGAUAUCCGACCGGUUGUCACCAAUCUCUGUUCAUCCUUUACUGUUCCUUCGCAACCGCAAAGCAUCAGGCAUUGUUGCAACUGUGAUUGCUUGUGUAGGUAGAGUUGACAUCUUCCACUGUCACCAGCCCACCUAUUGGUGUCUUUUUUUUUCCGUGUUCUUAUUUGUAUAUAAUAUUAACAUUACCUCUAGGCAACCUCCCAUUUUUGCUACACUGCAAUCGAGCCGAAAAAUUCUACUUUACCAACAAGGUCCGAUGCCAUAAGAACCUUUGAAGAAUUUAGGUCAUAAUAAUCGCAGGCCGAGGCUCUAACCAUCUGCAUCAACAUAUCAAUUAUAUUGACAUUCUUUUUGUGUCAGCCGGUAAACAUCUCAAAAUGGAAUCGAACCGUCCAUCUGACGAUCUUGACAUUGCAGAAGUCGAGUACUCAUGUAAGUAGUACCUAUAGUUCCUUCUUGUCAUAUUCAAGGAU